ACCACUGCUGAUUUCAAGUAAUCUUUCGACUUCCUGUAAAUAGUGCCACUCUGUUCCACGUCGCUCUCUUCAAAAUAUCAAGAGACAACAUUAUUCUCUGUGGUUUUUCUUUGGUUUAAUAAAAACACAGUUUGAUCUUUGUUAAAACAGGUCCUUGCAGCGCUGUCAAAGGGUUGAAUAAGUAGAAUUGGGUAGUACGCAGCGUUGCGCCCUGGAUAUAUCCUUCCGCUAUUUUUUGUCUCCUUUCAGACUGUUUUGGUCUUUUCGCUGAUAGCAACGAAGAGAGAACCCGAGAUAGCUGAAAAUCGUUAUUAUUUGUUCGAAUUAAAAUUCAUUUUAAGGGAAAACUACUUUUUGACAGGAGUUUUAGUACACGCCUUGACUGCACAAGGGUAGUUGUCAUAGCUACUGUCUUUUUAAAAGAAAAGAAAAAUCUGUUCUGCUUUUAAGAAGUAUUGCAGCGUUAAUCUAUGCUGAAGCCAGGAUUCAUUAUUUAGCGUUGGUGAACGUUGUCUUGUAAUUUAUUUUUAUUUGUUUUUGGGCUUCAUAUUUUUUUUGGAAAUAGUAGAAAUAACGUGCAUAAGUCGUCGUUUAUGGGCUCAUCAUGUCAAUGAAGCAGGCCGGUGGUAACCGUAAACCCGGCGGUGGCAGCGGCGGUGCUGCUGCGGCCUCUGCUGCCGGGGGAGGUGGAGGACCUGGCGGACGGCAGAAUUUGGGCAGAGGACGCAACAGUGUCAAAGGUCCUUCUUCUCCUGCGAUUGCCUUCAACGGAGUUUACGCCAACAUGAGAAUGGUGCACGUGCUGACCUCGGUCGUGGGAACCAAGUGUGAGCUGAAGGUCAAAAACGGAGUGGUUUACGAAGGAGUGUUUAAGACCUACGGCCCUGAGUGUGACCUGGUGCUGGACGCGGCCCACAGGAAGUCCUCGGACCCCAGCCUGGGCCCCAGGCGGGAGGACAUCGUGGAGAGCAUCAUCUUCAAGGCCUCGGACGUGGUGGUGGUGCAGUUCAAAGACGUGGACCUCAACUAUGCCAGAAAAGUGUCUUCAGAGACAGCAGAUAACUUCACAGACUCUGCGGUCAGUGUGGGCGCGCGUGUUAAUGGUGAGCACAAGGAGAAGGAUCUGGAGCCGUGGGAUGCAGGAGAGCCGCACGUCUCCGACAGCCUGGAGUCCCUCGACACGGACGUGUCGAACGGCUGGGAUCCUAAUGACAUGUUCAAGUUCAACGAGGAGAACUACGGCGUGAAGUCGACCUACGACAGCAGCCUGGCCUCGUACACGGUUCCUCUGGAGCGGGAUAACUCAGAGGAGUUCCUGAAGCGGGAGGCGCGGGCGGCCCAGCUGGCGGAGGAGAUCGAGUCCAGCGCCACCUACAGGGCCCGUGUGGCGCUGGAGAACGACGAUCGCUCCGAGGAGGAGAAGUUCACCGCCGUGGUGCGCGGAGAGCGGGAGCCUCACGCCCUCAACAGCAGCAGAGAACACAAGUACGUUCCCCCUGGGCAGAGGAGCCGGGAGGGGGUGUCGUGGGGGGCGGGGCGGCAGAACUCUCCCAGGCUGGCACAGGGCGGCUCCGGCCCCCCCCCUGCCUCCGGGCCCCCCCCUCCCCGCCCGGCCGCCCACGACUACAGCCCCUCUGGAGACCAGCGCGUCGUCAACGGAGUUUCCUGCAUUCUCAUUUGUCCAGGUGCUUCCUGGCCGUCGCCCUGCCCGUCUCCUUCCUCCCGCCCUCCUUCCCGCUACCAGUCUGGCCCCUCCUCUUCCUCCCUCCCGCCGCGGGCCUCCACCCCCACCCGGCCGCCCCCCCGCCCCCCCUCCAGGCCCUCGCGGCCCCCAUCCCACCCCUCGGCCCACGGCUGCCCCGCCCCCGUGUCCCCCCUGCCCAAACGCAUGUCCUCCGCCGAAGGACCCCUCCGGAUGUCCCCAAAAACCCAGCGCACCCCCCGCACUCACCGCCUGCCCGCCGGCCGCGGGGGAGCCCCGGGUGUGGACUACAUUUCCCACAAUGCCUCGGGAGACGUGUCCGCCCCCCCGCCCGCUCGGAGCAGCCCCUCUGGCGGCACCUGGUCUUCUGUGGUCAGCGGAGCACACAGGCCCCGCUCCCCCCGGCAGAGCAGCCUGGGCGGCACCCCCACUGGCCCCGCCUCUAUGCCCUCCCCCCAGCCUGGCACCGCCCCCAUCGAUCCAGUGACCACGCCCACAUCUGGCGUGUCUCCCACCGCCGCCAGCCCAGCUUCCAACCGCGCGGUGACCCCCUCAGCUGAAGCGAAAGAGUCGAGAAUUGGGGAGGCCCGGCAGAACUCGCCCGCGGCCGGGAAGGACGGCGCCAAACCCAGCGAGGCGUCUCCCAGCGUCAGCCGGCCCGGCGGGAAAGGCCCCCCAUCCAUGGCUCCUGACCACAGAAAGCAGUUAGACAAUCUGAAGAAGUUCAGUGUCGAUUUCAGGUUGCAGCCGAGCUCCACCCCUGACCCGCCCUUCGACCAGAUGAUGACCAAACCGCCGCGGGACGCCGGCGACAAGUCCAAGGGGGCGGAGCCUGUCAGCAAGGGGGCGGAGUCUGCUACCAAGGGGGCGGAGCUGGGCGUUGGCGAAGACCCAACCCCCCUGCUGCCGGCCGUGGGAGUGGCCGGGAGCAGCAAGCCCGCCAGCCCCGCCUCUUCCUCCUCCCCUUCCUCCUCCUCCUCCGGGCUCUGUCCCGCCCCCGAGCAGAAGAGGGGGCCUGACGUGACCUCUCAGGGGGUGCAGACCUCCAGCCCCGGCUCCGGGGGCAAGAUGGAGGGCAAAGAUGACAAGGAGGAGAAGAAAGACCCGGUACCUGAGCAAGUCCGAAAGUCCACCCUCAACCCCAACGCCAAGGAGUUCAACCCACGAGCCUUCUGCUCUCAGCCCAAGCCUGCGACCACGCCCACCCCGCCCCGCCCGCAGGGUCAGCCCAGCCCCUCCAUGGUGGUGCCCCAGCCCCCCACCGUCUACAGCCAGACUGUCUGCUUCCCCCAGAUGUAUCCUCUCACCCCUGUCAGCCCCGGAGUGCAGGUGAGCCCAGCUGUCCUUCAUCACCCUCAUCCUCACACCCUCAGCCCCGGACUACAGAAAAGCAUUAUCUGGAAGCCCCCAGCCAUGUACCACGUCCAGGUGCCCCACAUGGCCGUCAGCCAGAGCAAGGCCUACCGAGCAGGUAAAGUUCCCAGCAUGCCCCAGCAGAGGCCGGACCAGCACCACCCGCAGGCCACGCCCACCAUGAUGCACCCGGCAACCGCGGCAGGCCCACCCAUCGUGGCCCCAAGCCCCGCCUACUCCGCACAGUACUUCACCGCCUGCCCUCAGCAGUUCUCCAGCCCCCCGCUGGUGCAGCAGAUGCCCCACUACCAGUCCCAGGCCCAGCAUGUCUUCAGCCCUGUGAUGCAGGGUGGGGCUAGGAUGAUGGCUCCGCCCACCCACGGCCAGCCCAGCUUGGUAUCAUCAUCUACCACCCAAUACGGCGAGCAGACGCACACCAUGUAUGCGUGUAACAGGCGUGUGGUGUUUGCAGUAUCACCGGGGCCCAUCCCACAGCAGUACACCCACCCCAAUGCCACACUGCACCCCCACCCCCAACACCCCCAGCCCUCCGCCACGCCCACCGGCCAACAGCAGCCUCAGGGCCAACACACCGGCAACCACCCCCCCGCACCCAGCCCCGUGCAGCAUGCUCAGCACCAGGCUGCUCAGGCCCUGCACCUGGGGACGCCCCCUCAGCAGCCCCUGUACUCAGCCCUGGCCCCCACCCCCCCCUCCCUGACCCCGGGGCCCAACCCGCAGUCCCCUCAGACCAGCUACCCGUCGGCCCAGCAGGUCUAUAUCCACCCCCAGCAGGUCCAGCACGGAUACACAGCCUCCCACAUGGCUCACGUGCAACAGGCCCAUAUGCAGUCUGGGAUGGUUCCUUCCCAUCAUGCCACGCCCACCCACCCCCCGAUGAUGCUGAUGGCGACGCAGCCCCCCGGGGGCCCCCAGGGGGGGCUCCCCCAGAGCGCCCUGCCCCCCCCCAUCCCCGUGUCCUCUGCACACUUCUCCUACAUGGCCCACCCCCCCGUGCAACCCCACCACCAGCAGCAGUUGUAGGAGACACGGGAGAGAGGAGCCGAAUUCUUCCAGCCCCCCCCCGCCCCCCUCCCUCCAGAUCCCUGAGAAAAGGGAGAGGUCCUCUCCCUCAGUUGUGCUUUCUUGUCCCAGUAAUUAGGAAUGAUGCUAACAGGUCAAAGUGCAGUGGAGAAACAUUCAACUAAAGAGUUUUAAUAGCAGACGGGACGUCCCACACUGAGUCGCACGGUAUUAACCCACCAAACCGGCCCCGCCCACCCCACCCCCCCCUCCGAGUCCUGUGCACCUUCUAAGUUAUUAAACUCUUCCAGUCUAAAGAACGUAUUAACAGCUGUGCUCAUCUGCUGCUACUCCCGCAUUCGAGUCGGGGGAACGCCUCGCUCCAACUCAACUCCAAACUAAGAGAAGGAAAGGAAAGAAAAGAAAGAAAGAAAGAACGAACAAAAAAAAAAAACAACCUCAUUGUAAUUAACCCGUUUGGCAAAAAGAAAGAUGGAUUAUUUAUGAUUCAUGACUGUGGAGGUGCCCCCCCGCCUCAUCUGACAGUUAUGUAACUUUUAAGUUAAAAAAAAAAAACUUUUACUUUGUAGAUAAUAUAAAUAAUUUAAAAAACGAGAAAAAAAAAUUAAAAACAUUAAAAAAAGUUUUAAAAACUG